AUGUCGCAGAUUUCGCCCAUCAAGUUUCAGGAGCAUCUCCAGCUGACCCAAAUUGGGAUCAACCAGUCGAGCAUCAGCUCCUACACGCUCACCAUGGAGAGCGACCAGUUCAUCUGCAUCCGCGAGAAGCAAGAGGAGACCGCCCAGGUGGUGAUCAUCGACAUGGCCAACCCGCAGACGCUGAUCNUCCGCCUGCCGAUCAGCGCCGACUCCGUCAUCAUGAACCCCACGGCGAAGCUGAUCGCCCUGUGGCUGAAAGACACCCUCACGCUGAAGACCUCCCUCUACCAGAUUGACUUGACGUGGAAGACGCACAAUAUGACGGAGGACGUUGUCUUCUGGAAGUGGAUCAACGUCAAGACCAUUGCCCUGGUCACCGAGAAGGCCGUCUUCCACUGGUCGAUGGAGGGCGACUCGACGCCGACCAAGAUCUUCAAGCGCCACGCCAACCUCAACGGCUGCCAGAUCAUCAACUACCGCGCCGACCACCAGCUAAAGUGGUUGGUGCUCAUCGGCAUCGCCGCCCAGAACAACCGCGUCACCGGCGCCAUGCAGCUCUACUCGGUGGACCGCAGGGAGAGCCAGCCGAUCGUGGGCCACGCCGCCUCCUUUGCCCUCUUCAAGAUGGAGGGCAACCCCGAGCCGUCCAAUCUCUUCAGCUUUGCGAUGCGCUCCCCCACCAACCCCCCCACCAACGGAAAGCUGCGCAUCAUCGAGUUGGGCACGGUGCCCACCGGCAACCAGGCCUACACUGAGAAGCUGGUGGACGUCUUUUUUCCGCCCGAGGCGAAGAACGACUUUCCCGUGGCCAUGCAGAUGUCCACCAAGUUCGACAUCAUCUACCUGGUCACCAAGUACGGCUACAUUCACCUCUACGACAUCGAGUCGGGCACCUGCAUCUACAUGGAGCGCAUCAGCACCGACACCAUCUUCGUCACCGCGCCCUACGAGGCCAACAGUGGCAUCAUCGGCGUCAAUCGCAAGGGCCAGGUGCUCUCGGUGAGCGUCGACAAGACCAACCUUAUUCCCUACAUCCAGGGGACGCUGAACUCGGAACGGACGAUGCGCAUUGCUUUGCGCCACAACCUUUCCGGCGCCGACGACCUUUUCAUCCUCAAGUUCAACAACCUCUUCAACUCGGACCAGUACAUUGAGGCGGCGAAGGUGGCCGCCAGCGCCCCACAGGGCAUCCUCCGCACGCCCGCUACCAUUCAGCGCUUCCAGUCGAUUCCCACGGCGGCCGGCCAGGUCUCCCACCUCUUCCACUACUUUGCCAUUCUCCUCGAUCAGGGCAAGCUGAACAAGCACGAGUCGCUGGAGCUGUGCAAGCCCGUCCUUCAGCAGAACCGCAAGCAGCUGCUGAAGAAGUGGCUGAAAAACGACAAGCUGGAGUGCAGCGAGGAGCUGGGGGACAUCGUCAAGGUGAUCAACCCCACGCUCGCCCUCUCCGUCUACCUGCGCGCCAACGUGCCCAACAAGGUCAUUCAGUCCUACGCGGAGACGGGCCAGUUUGAGGAGAUCAUCCUCUACGCGAACAAGGUCGGCUUCGCCCCGGACUACAUUGCCCUCCUCCGGAAGGUCGUCGGCAGAAGCCCCGAAGAGGCGAGCGAGUUCGCGAAGACGCUGGUGGCUGGAGAGGAGCCCCUCGCCGACAUCGGCUCGAUUGCGGACGUCUUCAUCGAGAGGAGCCUGGUGGAGAGAUGCGCAAAAUUUCUCUUUCGGGCGUUGAAAUACGAUCGAGCGAGUGAGUCUUCUCUGCAAACGCGCUGCCUGGAGAUGAGCCUGCUGACGGCGCCGCAGGAGGCCAAAACUAUCAUCAAUAACAAGAGCUUCACCCACUACGACAAGGUGUACAUUGCCCAGCUUCUCAAAAACAUGGGGCUUAGUGAUUAA